GCCCCGCCUCCGCCCCUGCCCGGCGCUGCGCUCGCGGAAGCAUGGAGGGCGAGAGCACGUCGGCGGUGCUGUCCGGCUUUGUGCUCGGCGCGCUCGCGUUCCAGCACCUCAACACCGACUCGGACACGCCCCCUUUUUCUGUGGUGAAAGUUGGUCGUGGAAGGAUGGCGAGUCCGCAGAGCCUUCUCCCAACUCCGCUAGGAAGGUGCCGGUUAACUUUCCGUUUCUGACGACCGGCGGUAGCUUUCCAGGACCGCCGGGUUUUCUCGUGCGCGGCGGCGGCUGUGCGUGUCUGUGGAAGUGCUGGGCUAGGGAGCGAUCGAACAAGGAAGGUUUUCUUCUUGGGGAAGUGAAAGGUGAAGCCAAGAAUAGUAUUACUGAUUCCCAAAUGGAUGAUGUUGAAGUUAUUUAUACAAUUGACAUCCAGAAAUACAUUCCAUGCUAUCAGCUUUUCAGCUUUUAUAACUCUUCUGGUGAACUAAAUGAGCAAGCACUGAGGAAAAUACUAUCGAGUGUCAAAAAGGCUGUGGUUGGUUGGUACAAAUUCCGACGUCAUUCAGACCAGAUCAUGACAUUUAGAGAGAGACUGCUUCACAAAAACUUACAGAAGCAUCUUUCAAGCCAGGAACUUGUUUUUCUACUGCUAACACCAAGCAUAAUAACAGAAAGCUGCUCUACUCAUCGGCUGGAGCAUGCCCUAUAUAAACCUCAAAAGGGGCUUUUUCAUAGGAUACCUUUAGUGGUGGCCAAUCUGGGCAUGUCCGAACAACUGGGUUAUAAGACUAUAUCAGGUUCCUGUGAGUCUACUGGUUUUAGCCGAGCAGUAAAAACACAUAGCUCUGAAUUUUUUACAGAAGAUGGAUCUUUAAAGGAGGUACAUAAAAUAAAUGAAAUGUAUGCUUCUUUACAAGAGGAAUUAAAGAGUAUAUGCAAGAAAGUAGAAUACAGUGAGCAAGCAGUAGAGAAACUACUAAAGGAUGUAACCAGAUUGAAACGGGAAAUUAAAAAAAGAAAACAGGCACAAACCCAAGCAGCACGAGAGAACAUCGAAAAAGACCCUCAGGAGAACAUUUUUCUUUGUCAAGCUUUACGGACCUUUUUUCCAGAUCAAGAAUUUCUUCAUUCAUGUGUUAUCUCCUUGAAAAACAGGCAUAUCUCUAAAAGUAGCUGCACUGCCAACCACCAGCUCAAUGUGAUAGACAACCUGACCUUAAUGGUAGAAUACACUGACGUUCCUGAAGCUAGCCCAGCUAGCGGCACACCACAGAUGCUUAAACGUAAAGCUUUAGAUACCGAUGAUGGAUGGCAAUUGAAGAAGUCACGGCUGUUAGAGAUACAAAACAAACCAUCUAAAACAGAUCCUGAUAGUAGUAAUCAAGAAAAAGCAUCCACAGUGAGCAGCCCGGAAACAGAUGAAGACAUUGAAAAAAUGAAGGGUUCUGGUGAAUAUCCACAGUCUCCUACAUUUUGAUCCUUUUAGACCAAAAGGAGAUUUUUAAUUAGCUGAAGGGUAAAGCCAUUUAUAUUGUUUUUACCAAAUCCAGGUAUUUGCAGAAAUACAUACAUUCUAGUGCAUUUAUUUCUUAAAGUACUUUAUUUUAAAACCAUAACCUUUUUUGCCCCCCCACCCUUUAAAGAUUUUAAGUAAUUCCUCCGCCCAACAUGGGGCUUAAACCCACAACCCCAAGAGCAAGUCACACAUUACACCAACUGAACCAGCCAGGUGCCCCCUGCCCCCUUUUAUGAAACUCUUGAGGGAAAAGCUUAAGUGAUAUUCUUUUAAACUUCUAUAGCAUUCUUUUUUUUUUUUUUUAAGAUUUUUUAAUUUUUUUUUUUUUUUACUUAUUUAUGAUAGUCACACAGAGAGAGAGAGAGAGAGAGAGGCAGAGACAUAGGCAGAAGGAGAAGCAGGCUUCCCGCAAGGAGCCCAAUGUGAGACUCAAUCCCAGAUCCCAGGAUCACGCCCUGAGCCAAAGACAGACACUCAACCACUGGGCCACCCAGGCAUCCCACUUCUAUAGCAUUCUUUAGAAUUGGAAAAGACUAGCCUUAUUUUCAUGAUAGGAAAAGGAAAAAAAGAUGUCUAAGGUAAUAUGAAGUGUAUUUCAUUUUUAAGUCAUAAUUCCUGCUCUUUAGGUUAUAAAUGGCUGGGGUUGCCAGAUAAAAUACCGGAAAACAUGCAAUAUUAGGCAUUAAAAACUUAUUCAUUGUUUAAGUGAAUAACUGAAUCUGAAUUCAAAUUUAAUUGCAUGUCUUCUAUUUGUUUGCUAAAUCCGGCAGUUCUCUAAUUAUGGCAAAACUAUAAUGCAGCAGCACAAAUACCUCUCCCUAGUCUAGAGUCCUCUACACAAAAUUCAGUGAAUCCAGAAUUUGAGUACAGAACAAGCCUGGUAAUGCAGUGUGUCUGAGAUCAGCAGCUGGUCAAGUAGCUGAAAAGGCCAGUUCAAGUAGGGCUCAAAAAUGGAACAUAUGUGUAUAUAUGUAUACAUAUGUCUAUCACAGAUUUCACUAUAACAUAAGGCAGAAUUGUACCUUCAUUUGCCAACCUUUUGUUGCAGAACUAGGAACUUUUCUGGGAGUAUAUUGUUGUUCCUAUGUAAAUCAUAUUCCUUACUUAACCUUUACAAUUCCCAGUUUUAGUUUCUUUAAAGUGAAUUAAUUUAAAGAAACCUGGAAGCAAAGCAACCUUAGUACAAAACACUACUUUUUUCAUUUCACAGCACCCUCCUACUUCCAGCCUUCAGUUGUCCUAACCACACCUAACUUGACAACUGUUUUCUUAAAGCUAUUUUUUUUACAAGCCUUUCAAAAGCAUUUACUUCAUUUUCAUUGCAACAAUAACUUUGAUGCUUAUACUUCAUUAAUACAAUGACAAGCAAGUGACACAGGUCUGGGAACAAAAUAGCUGACUCUUGGCAAUGUAAAACUCAAUAGGUUUGAAGAGUCAUGGGCUUCACUAUGAUUUUUGAUGAUGUAAAGCCCGGUUUAAUUCAGUAAGUUGGUUAAGUGGAGGUUGGCUAACAGAGCUUUUAUUGUGCUUUUGUAUUUGUCUUUUCCAUAAUUGUGAGAAUUUUCCAUCAAGCCUAUACAUCAUAUGAAGCCUUCAUGUUUUACUCAGUGGAUGAAAUACUGGACAUAGACUUUGACCAUUGCUUUUCUAUCUGCUACUUCCUAAGUGACAACAAAUUCAUAGCUACUAUCAAAACUGUCUUUUAUCUGUGUUAACAUGCGUUAGUUACUGUGGGGUGCUAAUGAAGCCCACGUAACAGGGAUGGCCUGUACAAAUGAGUUUCUGUUGGGAUUGCUUAACUGGUUGCCUAAGAAGCACUGUAGUGUAACAUCACCAGGCAGAAGGGUAAUAUGUUGGCAGUCUGCAGCCUAAUUUAAAAAUAACCACAAACAUCACUAGAGCAUAUAGAACACCACAUAGAAUGUAGAUUAGGACUAAAUGCAAUAAACAGCUAAACUACUAGAGGUCACCAGAACACAGGACUGCUGGUUGACCUGUGAGCUGGAUUGAAGCAAAGAUUCUUCACCCCCUCCUGUCUUUGGAAUGUACAUUUUGCUUACUGUUGACACACUGGGAGCUGUUCCAAGGACAUAGACUUAAAAAAAAGUAAGGUGUUGACACCAUUUGGGUUGUGUGUGUGACUGAACCCAGUUAAGGUCUCAGUAUAAACUUUUAAGAGUGGCAGGCAGGUGCAGAGAUCUACUUGUCUUGUGGCUACCCAAGACAAACUUCCUAAGUAAGUUACCUUGCUUAUUAAGCCUGCCUCCUACAUACCUGGAGCUGUCUGCCUCUUCAGUCCUUCCCUGCCCUCCAUGUACCAGUUUAUAAACCAACAGAUAAAACAGGCUAGACAAAUGCAGAAGCAGUAAGUAACCAACAUAAGCAAAUGUCUUCUGAAGACCAUAGCUUAAGAUUUUUCGAAGACUGCUUACGAAGACUCUUCAGAGUUCAUUUUGUUAAAACGCUGUAUAGAAUGUUACUUGAGUCAUACUUGUACACAACAGUCCAUCUUUGAGGAAAGAUGCUAAACUUUAAAUCAGAGAAUCUUGCUGAGGUCAGUCAAUACUGGCUAAACUUCCAUAAUUAAGUUUCAUGACCCACAUUUCAGGGUAUUAAAUGAAAAGAAGGAAACGGGUCCUUAUCUCCCCCCCCCCCCGCCCCCCGCCAAUUAUCAUCUUUUGGCGAUUAGUUUGUAUCACUGGACUAAGAUACAACGACAUAGUCAUAGACCAUCUACCUAUGGAUCAUUUUAAAAAUGUGCUAUCAGUUUUAGGAUAGACUAGCCCAAGAUUAAAUGUUAGAUCCUGUGACUGCUACUACCCAUCCCCAUGUAAAAGCUCUACAAAGGGAAGAUCCACUGUCCUAGCCAGGCAAACUUCUAUUUGUUAGUUAGAAAAUCUGAGCAAUUUCAAAUCCACACCCUGUCACAUGGAAUUUGUACAUUGAUACAAGCAUUCCACCUUCAUGCACCCAUAUCCCUUAAAUCCUAUUUAUAAGACAGAAUCUGGGCCUGAUGGAAAAUUACAAUACAAAUCAUUCCUUCCAUGUUUGAAAUCCCAAUGAGUUGUUUAAGCUAACUGGGACCAUUGUACAGUACCAAUUUUUAAAAUUUGUAUGUAUGUAUGUAAAAUGUAAUAAGUAUUAACGUUUUAAGUAAUUUGUUUACUUUAAAACAGUGAAGAGGAAGCUUUACUCAAAUACAUUUUCCUUAUGAGAUUUCAAUUAUUAAUUAAAAACAAUACUUGGGAAUGCCUGAAUGGUCAGCGGUUGAGCAUAUGCCUUCCACCCAGGGCAUGAUCCUGGAGACUUGGGAUCAAGUCCCACACCGGCUCCCUGAAUGGAGCCUGCUUCUCCCUCUGCCUAGGUCUCUGCCUCUCUAUCUCUGUCUCUCAUGAAUAAAUAAAACUUAAACAAAAGCAAUACUUUGAUAAGAUUUAGCCUAUUUUCUACCCAAAGUUUAUUAAAUCUUAUCAUUUGGAUCAGUAUUAGAAUCAUACAACCAUUUAUUGUAAAAUAUGUUUAUUGAUAAAACUCCUGUAAUUUACUCCCGAUACUUGAUGUUACAAACUUUAGGGUCUUUGAGAAAUGCAGGAUCCUUGUAUGUAACUGGCAUAAACCCUGUAAAAAAGAUAAUGAAAGUGCUUCACAAAAGAUAAUGAGCAAAGUUUUAAUUAGCUCAAUUCAGUUUUUCAGGUGCUUACCCAUUAUUUGAGCUCUCUUAAUUGCUUUUGUGAUUUCUUUCUGUUUCUUCCCACAAAGACCUAUAAAAAAUGCUUUCAUAUUCAUAAAAUAUAUCAACACUCAAAAAAUGCGUAACAACUAGGGACACCUGAAUGGCUCAGUGAUUGAGCAUCUGCAUUUGGCUCCGGGUGUAAUCCUGGGAUGCAGGAUCUGGAAUCCAGAAUCCUGCAUCAGGCUUCUUGCAGGAAGCCUGGUUCUCCCUCUGCCUAUGUCUCUGCCUCUCUCUUCUCUAUGCCUCAUGAAUAAAUUAAAUAAACAAACAAACAAACAAACAAUCUUUUUUAAAAAAAAUGCAUAACUACUUAUCUUAAGGCCAGGUUGGAAAACCUGUAAAAAUAGCCAGGCGGUAAAUAUAUUAGGCUUUGCGGGCCAUACAGUCACUGUCAUAAUUACUCUGAUGUAGCUCACAAAGCAGCCAUAGACACAAUGUAAACUAAGCUACUUAAAAAAACAUGGCAGAGCAGACUUGGCCCGUAGGCAGUAGGCCCCUGGCUUGAAUAAGUAAUCCAGGAAUUAUUACAGUAUACUGUAAAACAUCAAUGCAAUUUUCUUAAGUCCUAAUUUUUUUACAUGUCCACCUACAGUUAACUCUGAGCAUAAGACGACAUGUAAAAUAAUAAUCCUUUUGGCCUACAAAGAGGCCUUCUCAAAGUACCUGUACUAUUUGGUCUACUAUUGAUUUAUAGCACAACUUGAAAAUUUGACAAAAUUUUUCUUAAAUAACAGAGGUAGAUAUGUAUAAUAAAAAACUUUUUAUAAGUUUUUAUAAGUUGCUAUAAUAGAAAACAAAAUACCUGUUAUGUGCCUUCCAUAAAUGCAUCCAGUAAAUGGAGAAAUAAACUGGGACAAAAGCUGUUUUGAGUUUUUUUUGGAGGAGAAAAAAAAUUUACAUCAAUACAUUUGUUUAACCUUGAUUAUGUAAAUUAAAGAAUUAUAUAUUACUUUCAAGUUAUGUAAAGGUUUAUUAAUUUCAGACAAACUUCAUGAAAUAAAAAUACUAAACUGUG